UCUGGGUUUUGACUAUCUUCCCUCGCUCUGAACGUCUGUCAACAACAACAGCGACAACAUCACUUGCAUGAUUCUUGAUGACAUCACAGAUUCCACACGUAUCCAAGUGCCUCUAGACUGGUAAAACAUCAAGGCAUAGGCGCACUCUUCAGAAGUCUACCUCCAGUUUUUCCUGGUUUGGUAACUUGGGCUCUUUUUUUCGGGAUUCGGGAGUGUUUUUUUUCUUCUGCCAGGACGCUGGUUCUUGUCUAGUCCAGUGGCUACGCUAUCAAGGCUAACCUUCCACGAACUGGAAUACAGUGAAUUUUUACUCAUAAUUUCACCCACUGGUCAAGCUCCAUCGUCGGCAGCUCCCGGUUCUCUUCUCUGGCGGGAGGUUAGCAGAAGGCAUAGGGUUGUGGAGGUAUGACUGCGUUGGCUGGGGCAAUACCAAGGAUGAUGCGCCCCAUGCUGGCGCAGAACUACCCCCACAGUGGCUUCCCACUGGAAGUCUCUACCCCGUUAGGCCAAGGCAGAAUGAACCAGCUCGGGGGAGUUUUCAUAAAUGGCAGACCUUUGCCCAACCACAUCCGCCAUAAGAUCGUCGAAAUGGCCCACCAUGGCAUCAGACCAUGCGUAAUCUCCCGUCAGCUCCGCGUCUCUCACGGUUGCGUUUCUAAAAUCCUCUGCCGGUACCAGGAGACCGGCUCUAUUCGGCCCGGGGCCAUCGGGGGAAGCAAACCCAAGCAGGGGACGACGCCUGAUGUUGAGAAGAGAAUAGAGGAGUACAAGCGGGACAACCCGGGUAUGUUUAGCUGGGAGAUUCGGGAUAAAUUACUGAUGGAUGGGAUAUGUGACCGGAACACCGUUCCAUCAGUGAGCUCUAUCAGUCGCAUCAUGAGGAGUAAAUUCGGAGGGAAGGGAGAUGACGAUGAUGAUGAAGAUGAAAUCGAGAAAAAGGAAUUAGAAGAACACGAACGGCGGGCCAAACACAGCAUCGAGGGCAUCUUAGGAGACCGAUCGAGCCACUCAGAUGAGGGGUCGGACGUGGAGUCUGAACCAGACCUGCCUCUGAAGAGGAAGCAGCGCCGCAGUAGAACCACCUUCACUGCCGAACAGCUGGAUGAGCUGGAGAGAGCCUUUGAACGAACACACUACCCUGACAUCUACACCAGGGAAGAGCUGGCUCAGAGGGCCAAACUCACAGAGGCCAGAGUUCAGGUGUGGUUCAGUAACAGAAGAGCCCGGUGGAGGAAGCAGGCUGGAGCUAGUCAGCUCAUGGCCUUCAAUCACCUGAUCCCUGGGGGCUUCCCGCCCUCUGCCAUGUCCAGUCUCUCACCUUAUCAGCUGUCUGACAGCCCGUAUCCCCCUACAUCCAUAUCACAAGUGGUGUCGGAGCAGGCCAGCACGCUGCACCGGCCCCAGCCCCUGCCCCCGUCCUCAGGCCACCACCAGAGCUCAGGAGGGGGAGGACAGGAUGGGGGGUCUGCCUACUGCCUGGCCUCUGGACGCCACAGCUUCUCAGGCUACUCCGACAGCUUUGUCACGUCAGGAGGCCCUCCCAUGAACCCUGCCAUCAGCAAUGGCCUCUCUUCACAGGUGAUGGGUCUGUUGAACCCAGGUGGGGUGCCCCACCAGCCCCAGAGUGACUAUGCCCUCUCCCCCCUGACAGGAGGCCUGGAGCCCCCUGGGGGCAUGGGGGCCAGCUGCUCCCAGCGUCUGGAGCACAUCAAGGGUCUGGAGGGCCUGUCCAGUGUCCCCAACAUCCCCAGUCUCCCCUCGCUGCCCAACUCCCAGUCCUACUGCCCGUCCUCCUACAGCGCUCCUGCCUACAACGUGGACCCUGUGGCCUCCUACCAGUAUGGGCAGUACCACGGACAAAGUGCCCUUCAUUAUCUGAGACCUGAGAUCACCUAAGGAUCUGCCCCUCUAAGUGACCCCCCACCACCUCCACCUCUGGCCCAACACAGUCUCCACCUCUGACCCAACCCCGUCUCCACCUCUGGCCCAGCCCAGUCUCCACCUCUGGCCCAGCCCAGUCUCCACCUCUGGCCCAACCCAGUCUCCACCUCCGACCCAGCCCAGUCUACACCUCUGGCCCAACCCAGUCUCCACCUCUGGCCCAACCCCGUCUCCACCUCUGGCCCAACCCAGUCUCCACCUCUGGCCCAACCCAGUCUCCACCUCUGGCCCAGCCCAGUCUCCACCUCUGGCCCAACCCAGUCUCCACCUCCGGCCCAGCCCAGUCUCCACCUCCGGCCCAGCCCAGUCUCCACCUCAGCCCCAGCCCAGUCUCCACCUCCGGCCUAGCCCAGUCUCCACCUCUGACCCAGCCCAGUCUCCACCUCCGGCCCAGCCCAGUCUCCACCUCCGGCCCAGCCCAGUCUCCACCUCCGGCCCAGCCCAGUCUCCACCUCCGGCCCAGCCCAGUCUCCACCUCUGACCCAGCCCAGUCUCCACCUCUGGCCCAGCCCAGUCUCCACCUCUGGCCCAGCCCAGUCUCCACCUCCGGCCCAGCCCAGUCUCCACCUCUGGCCCAGCCCAGUCUCCACCUCCUGCCCAGCCCAGUCUCCACCUCCGGCCCAGCCCAGUCUCCACCUCUGACUCAGCCUAGUCUCCACCUCCGGCCCUGCCCAGUCUCCACCUCUGAUCCAGCCCAGUCUCCAUCUCCAGGCCCAGCCCAGUCUCCACCUCUGGCCCAGCCCAGUCUCCACCUCUGACCCAGCCUAGUCUCCACCUCCGGCCCAGCCCAGUCUCCACCUCUGACCCAGCCUAUUCUCCACCUCCGGCCCAGCCCAGUCUCGGUUGAGGGACGUGUGUACUGCAUAUGUUGAGACUGAUGGGGCUCUUUAUGUAAUCUAUUCUCUCAACAGUGAUCUGUUCCUUCACACUUGAUGAAAAUAAUGGAAGAGAGAUUAUAGAUAAAAUGACAUUGAUAGAGAGGAAUUUAAGGCCAAAACAAAGAAACACAUGAACUUCGAUUCAUGUCUGUUGACGAAUGACAGAGAUGCCACUGGGUACAUUCCCUUGCCUGUGAUGUGGUCUACCCCACAUUGGGUGCCAACUUUGACCAGGAGGACCGUGGAGGACUAGCCCACAUAGACCCACAGCAUAGCCCAGGAGCAGAGGCCUGGUUGGGGUAAAAAAUCCUCAAGUCAGGUCUGUGGAAGAGCACAGCCAGACUGUAUAGUAAAAGACUUACUAGCGGCCUUAAAGCUGUGAGUCUGUUGACAUGUUUGCCGUGGGGCCAAAUGAAUACAGAUUAAUUCUAUUUAUCUCUGAAUGAAAGCUACUUGAUGGAAAAAUAACAGGCUUUUCUUGUGGAUUUAUUUGACGUUGCAUUUAUUUGAUAUGUUUUGUCCAUGAACACAAUAUUCCAAACAUAGGAUGAGGAACAAACAAACAAACAAACAAACAAAUGUGUAAAACAUACAUAUGCCAUUCAAAGAGGAAGCUUUGACUUAUCAUCAUAAACAGACCUGUAAUGUAUACUACAGCUGUUCCGUUCCCUUCAUUAUGUUCAAUUAUGUGAAAUGCUCAGUGUUUCUAAACAAUCCGUUGAACUCUCACUGUGUUCUGUUGAUAACUCUGAUCUCUUGUAGCUUUAGAGGGAUUCCUAGGGGUCAGGGGUGACUUCUGGGACAGUCCCAGGUGAAGGAGGAGGAGGAGAAGGGAGGGGGGACUCAGGGGUUCUGAUGGGCGACAGGGCUGAUCCAUCCAGGGGUGCAGUUCCCCCUCAUAGAGGCCUGUUAGGUCACGAGACUCAGGACCAAGAGACACAUGAGAAACCAGGACCACCUCACCACAGACCAACCCAGCUGACCAGAAGUGCAAUAUCACGUACCUCAGAAUCUACGACGCCAUCAAACAGAUGAAUCAAAUAAGAUCUUGUGUCUUAAGAACAUUCUGUAUAAACAUUUGAAUCACGUUUGAGUAGGUCCCUACGGAGGCUUCCAGGUCCAAAACAAAGAAGCAACAGCAACAACAACCACCAACAUCGUCAGUACUGCUAUAAUAGCAAAGCGACAGGGAAAGGUGGGACGCACAUUGUGAACCAUUGAAGUCAUUCCAAGUCCAUGUGGAGCAGAUUGAUUCAAGGGAAAAAAUAAGUAAACAAAUAAACGUAUGAAGAAUUACAAAGCCAAAUGAUUUGUUGUUGUUUUGGUCUUUUGUCUUUUGGGUUUUCUUGUUGCAAAAACAGAAAGAUCAAUAGUGUGGUGUUUAUGUCAUUUCCUUAUUUAUUCUCUCUAAAGUAUCUCAGCAAUUCUGCAACAUUAUUCUUAAACUUUCUUCAAUGUUUUAGUCAAGUUACUACAUCACAUAUCUUAUAGGAACACCGUGUCCGUCUGUUCACUAAAUGGUAGCUGAAUGUCUCAACAGAUCCAAAGGUUGCCACAAGCACUCAGCGGUCAAUUGUACAUUUGUCUGUAACAGAAAGAAAAGUGUUUUUUCUUUCCAAUGGUUUCCUUAAUUUUAUAUAUUUUUCUGUAUUUUUUGACAGAAUGAUAUGACACAAUGUCUUGUGUACAAGCACAGUAUUAUUACUAUUUAUAAUAAAACAGUUUAAAUACAA